AUGGCUACCCCAAGUGUCCUUACCUUUGAUGCUGAGGGUCGUGCUGUUGACUUCGAGGGGUGCUCCCCCUCCCCCCUUUUGCCUUCUGUUGCCUCUGCUGCUGCCAUUGACUUCGUUGGCACCGAGUCGGUCGGCGCUGCGUCUGCCCCUAGCGGGCGACGCCGCACCGGCAAGGGCAAGGGGGGCAAGGGCGCUGGAGGGGCUGGCGGGGGCGGUGGAGGUGGCGGUGGAGGAGGCGGAGGGAGUGGGGGUGGUGGUGGGAGUGGUGGCGGGGAUGGGGGCUUCGGUGGCGGCGGUGGCGGCGGAGGCGGCGGCGGCGGUGGCGGUGGGAGCGGAGGAGGAAGCGGUGGCGGCGGUGGCGGAGGUGGCGGCGGAGGAAGUGGAGCUAGUCGGGGUGGCUCUGCGCAACGGGGCGGCUUUGGUGGUGGUCAGCGCCAGCAGCAGCAGCGCACUCGUGAGACCCCGCCCCCCCAGCAGCUUCGUGAGUGGUACGCUUCGCGUCAGCGGGGAGGGGGUACUGGUCCCUGUACCUACGUCAUGCGUACCGGCGACCGUACGGAGCUGCAGAGGUCGGGGUUUGCGAUCUUUGAUCUUCAUUAUGAUGUUAUUCUUGCUGCCAUGUAUGCUGUGUCUACUAGUGAUGAGGGUGACUAUUACCUGUGUGUUCCGCCUGACCCGGGCAUUGAGGCUGCUGCUCUAGGUGCUGGUGAGGCUGCUGCUCUAGGUGCUAGUUCGUCUGCUGCCCCAGGUGCUGGUGAGUCUGCUCUCUCAGACCGCACCAUGCUUACGCCGCUUAGUCGGCCGGUUGCGGUCUCCCUGGCGGACCCCUCGGGGGAUCCUGUCCUUGCUCACUUCUCCACUGUCUUACCGUGUCCAGCAGCCCCCUCUGGCACCCUGUCAAGUCUCUACCUCCCCUCGUUCUCUACGAACUUGGUGAGUGGUGCUGACCUACAGGAUGGGGGGGUUGACAAGUUCACUCCUGCGAGUCAGCGGGUGACCCACUGUACGUGUGCUCAGACGGGCCGCCACUUGGCCACGUCUACCUGUCAGCCGGGGUCGAGCCUGUAUACACUAACUACUGAGUCUCCUCCGGUUGCUGGGUCUGGUCAGGUAGCUGCGUCGAGUUAG